AUGGACUAAACUUUUUUAGACAAGCAAAUAUCAACGGUUGAGAAACAAAACUUGAUCAAAGCGAAAUUGAAACGAGCUUUCACUAGAAUUGAUGAUGAUUGUUUGGAUGUGAAUGUCACCCACAAAAUAAAAAAGGAGAUCAUUAAGAAAUUUGACAAAAAUGGAAAUGUAUAAUAUAUUGAUGCUUUGAAAUUGCUUUGCUUGAAUUAUGAAAAGAAUUAUAAUAAAAACUUUGCAAACUCUGCGAAAAAUUCUGACAAAACUUCAUUUGCAGUUGUAAAUGAGAGACAAAUGAUAAAAGAAAUAGAGAAGAAUAAUAACAAUCAUAGCAAUUUUAUACAGUUGCAAGAAUAGUUUUAAAGCUAGAGAGAGUUUACUAAUGACAAAAUCAAAUUGAUAGAUGGAUAUAAAGGUUUUAAUGAUGAAAAACCUGGCAUAUCUGAAGUACAAUAAAGAUCUAGUACUGUACAUGAUCGAUAAAAAAGAAAAAAUUACAGAAUAGAAGCAGUGGAUGUAAACAGUCAAAAGUAUUUUUCUAAUUAAAGAGGAGUGAUUCCCAGAGCAUUAGAUGUUAGCAAUUUGAAUAAAAUGGCAUCUAAUAAUAGCUAAUCAUCUCAUUUUGAUGAGCAUCACUAUCUGUAAAAAGUGCUAAAUAUUAUUAAAAAGUAUCAGGUUAAUCCAUAGAAAUUUAAUAGGGUUCGAUUCGAAAUGUUUAGGGAAGAUAAGUAAAUGACAAAUGAAAUUUAGUCUAACACAUUUAAAAUGAUUUACAAAAGAUUGGGUAUCAAAACAAACAUCAACGAUGAAAAAGAUAUAUUUAUGCUCUUACAGUAGAAUGUUUCUGGUCCUAACUUGAUAAACUUAGGCCAGCUAAAUAAGUUGGUCCUACUCUAUGCAUAGCAGUUUUAUAGGCAGAAACCUGUUCAAACAAUUAACAUUGAUUAGUUUUUCGAGUAAGUUUAAGGAAAGCUUAGAAGAGCAUUCAACAGUUCUUAUGAUGCGUUCAGGUUCUUUAAUUUACAGUAAAAUGAAUUCAUUAGAAUUGAACCUUUUUACUUUUGCCUCAAGUAUUUCAAUCUUGACUUUUCCAUUAAUGACUGCUAACUCUUAUUUUAAAAAGUAGACACAGAAUUUUCUAUGCUAUAUGGAGAUGCAAAAGUCUCAGAUUAUAUGGCUCUAAGCAGCUAAGUUAAUGAUAUGUUUAGAAUUAGUUAGGAUAAUUAGCAGCAACCUCAAGAUGAUAAGACAUUUAUCAAGUUGCCAUUGACUAAUGAUGAGAUUAUGGACUAUCCUUACUUUUUCAAAAUGAGGAAAAAUAACUUACAGCUCAACUAAAAGAAAUUAAAGAUGCUUAAUCAAAGGCAACCAAAGAGGGCAUUAUCAAUCAUAGAUGGAAAUAAUUCUUCGAUUAUAAUGAACAGGCAAAGACAGAAUUAAACGCCUCUAUCGAACAUUAAACAAGGCACUUUCUAAUCUUCAAGUAAAAAGAGCGAUUUUGAUAAUAAUUCAAUGGAUUCAGGUCAUCCUGGCUUUUUCUCAUAAAGAAAAGCAUAGGUGGUUGAUGGUGUUAUAGAUAGUUUGCUGAAGAAUUAAUACAUGAAUGAGUAUGUGAUAUAAAGACAAGUAGAUGAUAGAGAGAUUUACCUCAACUAAAGAUUGUAGAGUUGCAAGCCAGUUUUUAAGAAUUUCUUGGAUAAUAAUGCGAAUAUACUAAGAAGAGAAAAAUAGAUUGUCAAGAUGAAACAGUUUAAAGAGAGAGAAAAAUAAGAGGAAGAGAUUCAGUACAAUCUUAAAUAAACUUUAGAAAACUUCAAACAUAGAACUUUUGACCCAGAUGCACUUAUUAAGAAUAGACCUGUCAAAUCAAUAAAGAGAUUGAUGGAAAAUUAUCAUCCUAAAAUGAGUGCAAGCAUAAGUUAAGGAGGAUCAAGAUCUAAUUCUAUAGUAAUCGAUGAUCAAGAAAAACACCAAGCUGCUUUCCCGAUUGACCAGAUUAUUGAAUCAGGCUCAUCAAAGAUUUAAGAUUAACAGCGAGAGACUACAUAUAUUGACCCUAAGACUCUAUUUAAAUUAAAGUCACAAAACGAUAGAAGUAAUUUGAAAAGUUCUUUAAGUAAAACCAGAUCAAAUAUUUCACAACUUAAAUGA